AUGAAACUAAAUCUUUUAGUAGAAAUUCCCUCAGAAGUAUUUGAGUUUGUUGUUUGCAAGUUUUUAGAUACCAAGACACUCUUCUCCCUAAUGAAGAUCAACAAGAGGAUGAGAGAUAUUCUCCUUUCUUCAUCUAUUAUUUGGGAAAAUACACUCCGGUCCAUGAUCAAUAACCAAGAGGAAACUUUUACAGUAUCGGAGAAAGAAAUGAAUAUUGGGAGAGUGCUGAAGAAAUUACUCGAUGAAUUUUUAGAUCAAAUUAAAGAAUUUAAAAACAAUGGAUUGAUCAAGGGAAUUUUACAUUAUUUGAAUGAGAAUGAGUUCAAGACAUUGUAUGAGGAGCAUUGUGAAAAUGCCUACUUUUUCUUAUAUUGUUUGUUUAGAGCCUUUUCAUUUGAUAAGAGUGGAUUUCCAAAGAGAAUACCUCUUAAAUCGAGAGAGGAUGAAGUUCAUUAUUCACUUGUUGAUUUCACAAAUAAUGACCACUGCUUUCAUUCUUGCCACACGAUCUUGAAUGGUGAUUGGGAGACUUGUAGAGCUAGAAAGAAUUUACUGAAACAUUUCAGAUAUUAUUGGGCAAUUCACUUAACAAAUUACCAUGAAGAAGUGUCGAAUGCAUGGAUAACUCUUGUGGGAGUGGAUGGCUUUGAAAAUCAGCCUAGAAAUCAAGACAGUUACUCUCUACACUAUUAUCUUGGUUGUGGAAAAUCAAGAGGAAGAGGAUAUUGUGUUAAUACUCACUCCAAACAUUCUGAUGGAACAUGUGCCUAUACUAUUUCUAAUAUUAAUUCCGAAGGAGAUGUAAUUGGCGUGGAAUACUUUCAACAAGAGAGAACAAUUAGCAUGAAAUUCUACUCACAAUUUGGUAAUGUAAUUGUAUCGUACGAAUAUGAUCUGAAAGAGAGUGAAGAUAUUUCAGAUUUCAGACCAGCAGUUUCAAUAGUUUCCCGAAUAUCUGCCUCAAUCAUUCCUUGGGAUGGCUCUAUUGAAACUUUACAAAAAUUAAAACAGUAA